AUGACUACUGAUCAAAACAAGUUUAUCAUUGAUUUCGUAAUGGGCGGUGUCUCUGCUGCUGUUUCCAAAACUGCUGCUGCUCCAAUUGAGCGUAUUAAACUGCUCAUUCAAAACCAAGAUGAGAUGAUUAAGCAAGGCCGUUUGUCUGCUCCCUACAAAGGUAUUGGCGAUUGCCUUACUCGCACUGUCAAGGAUGAAGGCCUCAUUUCCAUGUGGAGAGGCAACACUGCCAAUGUCAUUCGUUACUUUCCUACGCAAGCAUUGAAUUUUGCCUUCAAGGAUGAAUUUAAACGCAUGUUCAACAGAAACAAAAAGGAUGGCUAUUGGGCUUGGUUUGCCGGUAACUUGGCUUCAGGUGGUCUUGCUGGCGCCUCAUCUCUUUUGUUUGUUUAUUCUUUGGAUUACGCUCGUACUCGUCUCGCCAACGACAACAAAUCUGCAAAGAAGGGCGGUGAGCGUCAAUUCAAUGGUUUGGUAGAUGUCUACAAAAAGACGUUAAAAACAGAUGGUAUUGCUGGCUUGUAUCGUGGCUUCAACAUUUCUUGUAUUGGUAUUAUCGUCUAUCGUGGCCUUUACUUUGGUAUGUAUGAUUCUAUCAAGCCUGCUAUGCCUGAGAAACUUCAAUCUUCCUUCUUGGCUACUUUUUUGCUUGGUUGGGCUGUUACUACUGGUGCGGGUCUUGCAUCCUACCCAAUUGACACCGUUCGUCGUCGCAUGAUGAUGACUUCUGGUGCCGCUAUCAAAUACGAGUCUUCUCUCCAUGCCUUCCGCGAAAUUAUUGCCAAAGAAGGUACUAAAUCCCUCUUUAAGGGUGCAGGUGCUAACAUCCUUCGUGCCAUUGCUGGUGCUGGUGUACUCUCUGGCUACGAUCAGCUUCAAUUGAUUAUGUUUGGUAAGAAGUUUUCUGGUGGAUCUGGUUAA